AUGUAUUCUUGCUCUAAGCUUAGUUUCAAAAGACUGUCCAGCUCUUUGGCUUUUAAAAGAGCACCUUUUUAUGAGGUAUUUCCAAGCAAGAAACUUGUUAACAGACUGCUAUUCGAAAUGGACAGCAAGUUGACAUUCUCAAAACUGUACCCGGUUUACGAAUCUGUGUAUAACUCUCUAGAUGUUGGACAUACUGAGAGAUGUUUUCCUGUGUCUUUCAAAGGAGAGGACGUUAUGAUGAUGAAAAAAGUGCUUGAGAAACUGCGACAUCGCACCAAAAGCGUCAACAGAAAUUUGAGAGACUUGGAGAAUGAACUUCUGGAAAACGCAGCAGAAUUGGGCGACAAUGACGCAAUUUCAGUCCUUUCCUUUAAUGUGAUCACAAACUCGGACAAAAAUACACCAGAAGACGUCUCUCACGCUCAGAAGCUUAUAAAAAGCUUGUACCAGAUGCAUCAUCCGCUUACGAUCAAACUCACGGCCGAUUUUGCUUUUGCUAGCGAAGACUUUUCGAAUGCUGAAAAGUAUUAUAAGCUGUUUUUGGAUUCUGAAAAGGAUACGUACAGAGCUGGAGAAGUUAACGGACAACUGGGUAAGAUAAGCUUUAAGAAGCCAGAUCUUAAAGAGGCAGAAAAGUACUUUCUGGAGAGCAUUCGACUAUGUCCGUUGGAGCAAGUUGUGCAAUCUUAUUAUCAUCUGGCACAACUAUACAUGGACUCGGAACCUGUAAAAGCAAGAUGCUUGAUGGAAAGCGCGGCAAGCGAGGGUUUCAAAGAGUCUUUCCAAUUAUUGGGAUUUCUAGAAAUGAAUUAUUUCCAGAACUUGCAAAAAGCGCUCCAAUGGUUCAAAUUGGGCAUGGAGCUAUUCGAUUUUGAGUGUUUCAUAGGCUAUUUCGAUUGUUGCAUGAAGCUGAAGUCGUUCCAAAAGGCCAAAAACUGCUUGAAAAGCAUGCAAAAGUUAUCAGAAACUAACGAGGUAUCAAAGGAAUCCUUUCAGAUAUUCGUGAACUCCCGUCACGACCAGAUUAAUUCAUUAGCAUUAUAUUCCAAAAAUGUCGUCGCUGAUACCAGCUUGUUUUUGCAUGCCGAUCGGACUACCACGGACUCGCCCAUAGAGAAGGAAAGUAGAUGGAACUUGUAA